GAAUGUGUACAAUACUGUUGUUUGUGUGUAUACAAUUAUGAAUGUCAGUGUUGACGUCUCUACAGAAUUUUAAUCGUAAGCCAAACAGCUACAGAUGGCUUCCGACAAACAGACACUCUUGGCUGUGUUGCAGCUACUACGUCGAUAUAACUUAAAGAGUACAGAAGAACUCUUAAAGAAGGAAGCAAAUCUCACUGAUGUUGAAACGCCAGGUGAGACCCCUCAGACAGAUUCUGAGGUCAGCAGUGUUCUGUCAGCAUACAAAAGUGAGGGAGAUCCAGAUGUGUAUGAAGAUGCUUAUGUGGACUUAAAGAAAUUUGUGGAGGGUGCACUAGAUAUUUACAAACACGAGUUGGGCAUGAUACUUUACCCAGUGUUUGUACACAUGUACCUAGAACUUGUUUAUAAUGGUCAUGAGCAGCAAGCAAUAAAAUUAAUGGAGAAAUUUGGUCCAGAUCAAGAAGAAUACUAUCAAGAUGACCUGAAAAGACUUUCACAUGUUACAAAGAAAGACCAUAUGAAAGGGAAUGAACUCACUGACACAUUUAAGUCAAGUGAAUUUAUUAUCAGGAUGUCACGUGAUACCCUUUCAAUCUUGAAGAGACACCUUCAAGAAAAGAAACACAGUGUUGUCCUCAACAUCAUACAAGAACAUUUGUAUUUUGAUAUGUACGAAGGUGUAGCUCGCAAUAAGCAACAAAUUGAAGCCACAUCCGGAGCAGUAGUAGGGGAAGCAACACGGCAAGAUAACAAAGCUAAGGUUUACUAUGGAUUGCUGAAAGAACCAGACAUUCAAUAUCUACCAGUUGAAGAAGAAGAAGAAGCUGAUGCAGAUAAUGCUGAUAAACCAAAGAAGAAGAAACCAAAGAAAGAUCCUUUGUUUUCCAAGAAAGCAAAAUCAGACCCAAAUGCUCCGCCACCUGAUAGGAUGCCUCUUCCAGACCUGAAGGAUGCAGACAAAGUAGAGAAGGCUAAGGCUAUGAGAGAGGCUUCAAAACGGGUAACUUUAGGUCCAGACUCACUUCCAUCCAUAUGUUUCUACACAUUACUAAACUCUCAUAGUAUGGUCACAAGUGCAGAAAUUGCAGAAGACUCAAGUCUCUUGGCAGUUGGAUUUGCCGACUCUGUGAUAAAAAUCUGGACCCUUGUACCUCAAAAACUGAGGGCAAUGAAAUCAGCAGAGCAACUACAGGACAUUGAUAGAGAAGCAGAGGAUGUGUGGGUCCGAAUGAUGGAUGACAGGUCAGCUGAAACAUCUCGGGUUUUCCAUGGUCACACAGGUCCUGUGUACAGGGUGGCGUUUAGUCCAGAUAGGAGUCUUCUGCUGUCUUGCUCUGAAGAUACAACAGUCAGGCUGUGGAGUCUGCAGACAUGGACAUGUUUGGUGUGCUACAAAGGACACUGUUUUCCUGUGUGGGAUGUACGAUUUGCCCCUCACGGUUACUACUUUGCCACAGCAGGACAUGAUAAAACAGCUCGACUUUGGGCCACAGAUCAACAUCAGCCUUUAAGAAUAUUCGCUGGUCAUUUUUCAGAUGUUGACUGUGUUCAGUUUCAUCCAAACUCAAACUAUGUGGCAACUGGGUCAAGUGAUCGCACAGUUCGUCUUUGGGAUUGUGUUACUGGCAGUCAUGUUCGUUUGAUGACAGGCCAUAAGGCGCCCAUCUAUUCCCUUUCUUUUUCUGUGGAAGGGCGAUUCUUAGCAUCUGCUGGGUCUGAUUACAGAGUAUUAAUAUGGGAUUUGGCCCAUGGACACCUUCUUGCUGAGCUCAGCAGCCAUACUGCACCUAUACAUAGCCUUGCAUUUAGCCGCGAUGGACACAUUUUAACAUCUGGUUCUUUAGAUUGUUCAAUUAAACUGUGGGAUUUUACAAGACUUGUUGAAGAAAUGACACUAGAAGAUGUAAAUGUGUCACAUAACCCUGACAUAAAGAAGAGCGAAAGUUAUUUAUUGCGUUCCUAUGGAACAAAGAACUCUGGAGUGCUUGGUUUACAUUUCACAAGAAGAAAUCUACUGCUAGCUGUUGGAAUCUAUGACUCUUGACAUGUCGUAAAUGUUGCAAAAAAGUGUAAUAUUUGGUAUUAAUAUUUGUUAUUGAAAAGUGUUGGUAUGAAUGCAAGCAGAUGGAAGAAUAUACCACUAACUGUAAGACUAUAUUUAUGCAAUCUUA